AUGUCUGAAAAGAAACGAAAGCAGCGGUUAGCUGGUGAUAAACUCAAUGAAAACCCACUGAAGCCUACGCUAGAAGAAAUCGAUGUUGCGAAUUACUUACAUAAAAAGCUACCAUCUAAAGAAGGGCGUCUCUCGGGAAUGGUUGUUCGCAUAUUUGUAGCAAUGGAAGCCAUAGAGUUACUGAUGAAUUCCCAUUGGGCUAAAUCAAAUGACGAUGCGAAACCAACUCUUUUUACAAGUCAAACUACAGCAGUUAAUUUCAUGACAACUUUGUUUCAGAAGCAAAUGUUUCAGCGUGCAGUUCGUGUCAAGAAAAAGUCCACUAAACAUCGAGAAGAUGCUAAAUCACUGAAGCCCAAACUGAAAAAGCUUACUGAUGGAAAGGUUGUCACCAGUAAAAAUGUUGUCGAUGCGACUUCAGAUGAAAAUUUGAGUUCUCAAGAUCAUGAUUCUAAAUCGCCCAAAUUUGGCAUUUUCUCAUCCAUCUCUUCCAGUAUUAACGAAUUCACAAUGAAAUCUCCUAAUAAGAAACCCAUGCGACUAGAAAUUGUGGACGAGCAAAAAUUUGUACUGGAUGAUCCACACACAUUUUAUGUUUGGAUAUAUGAACCACCACCGGGACUUUUUACUUGGUUGGCUGGCGCAGCUUUAAUUAUUGGGAUUAUACUAUGCUGUUUAUUUCCUAUCUGGCCAUCAGAAUUACGCCAAGGUGCAUAUUAUUUGACUAUAACUGCUUCAGGACUUUUAGGUCUUUUACUUUUCGUAGGAUUAUUGCGUUUCUGUUUUUAUUUGCUUGUCUGGUUAUCUACUUUAGGUCAAUACAGUUUUUGGAUAUUUCCUAAUUAUUUUGAAGAUUGUGGUUUCUUCGAGUCAUUUCGUCCAUUGUAUUCACUUAAACGUGCAUCUGAUGUUCUAGCACCAUCAAAUAAGAGAAGCAAGUCGAAAGUAAAGUCAAUUAGUGAUGUAUCCACUAUUAAUUUCGACACGAGUAGUAGCAAUACCAGUGUUGUUACUGGUAGUGAUGCUAAUAUUGUCCAAUUAUUAUGUACAAAAUCCACAACAAAAUCACCUGAGGAGGUUAAAGUGAGAAAGGUGUUAAAGAAAGAUGUAAUAAUCAAUGAAUAAAUAUAUUCCUAUUUACUUCAUUCUUUUUUCCUUAUUUUCCCUUUCAAUGUUAUCAUGGUAACUGUAUUGCACUCUUAUCAUAGGUAUGCUUUUUGCAACAUUGUUCAUCUAUAUUUUAACUUCAUAUUUCAGCUGAAUAGAUGUUUUUUGUAACAAAGUUUUCAAAAUUACACUUGUGAUAUGUGUGCCGAAAAUGAG